AUGCUCGCUGCCAGGAGCUCGAUCAAGCUGUGCACCCGCUCUCGUGCACCCUGCCCAAACCCGCACAAGCGCAGGUGCCUCUCGACCUCGCCAGCUCCUCCAACAACUCGCCGCCGCUUCCUCUUCUUUGGCGCAGACGCCUUCUCGUGCGACGUCUUCUCGAGCCUCCACUCGGCAAGGGCAGACCUUGUCGACUCGCUCACAGUCGUCGUCCCGCCCGAUCAGCGCACGGGCAGGCGCCUCAAGGAGGUCCAUCGUCCGCCGCUUCGACUGCUCGCCGAAGAGCUCGGCGUCAAUACCAUCGCCUUGCCGUCAAGCCUGCUCAAAGGGUGGCAGGCGCAUCCUUUCCUCGUUGCCGAGAGCAACGGUCCACCACCCGCCGCCAACGUCCUCCUCACCGCCUCGUUCGGUCACCUCAUCCCGACCUCGCUCCUGUCGCUAUUCCUCCCCCUGAACGCCCUCAACGUCCACCCGUCCCUCCUCCCUCGCUGGCGCGGCGCCGCCCCGAUCCAGCGCGGCAUCAUCGUCGGCGACGCCGACGGCGUGACGGGCGAGUCGAUGGGCGUCACGGUGCAAGAGCUCAGCCGAGGCAAGUUUGACCGCGGCAGGAUCCUCGCUCAGCAACCUAACGUUCCGCCACACGCCAACUUUCUCGCGCUCGAGCCCAUUCUCGCCCGAGCGGGCGGCGAGCUCCUCGUCUCGGUCCUUCGCACGCUCGAGGCACACCAAGAGCGGGCUCAGCCUCAAGGCGAGGAGCGUGCGUGCCUCGCGCCAAAGCUAGACAAGGGCUGUGCGAGGGUGAACUGGUCGCAGACGAGCGCCGCCGAGGUGUGCCGGCUGCAGCGAGGCGUGGGCCAUCAGUACCCGCUCUGGACUGCUCUCGCCGACGCACAACUGCAGCUCCGCCUCUCGCAUCGCCCGAUCCCGCUCCCCGCCGUCCUCGCCGACUCGCCGCCGGGCACCGUCGCGCUCGAACCCACCUCGAAGCAGCUCGUCCUGCGCUGCAGCGACUCGGUCGAGGGCGUCGCGCUCACCGAGGUCAAGAAGGAGGGUGGAAAGUGGGUCGCCGCACGCGACUGGUGGAACGGCGCGAGCGCGGGACGCAAAGGGGCCCAGCUUCAGGUCGUGUAGCGGUGCAACGCUGUCAUCCUUUGACGUG